AUGAACGUCACUCAGGUGUUGGAGAGCACCCUCUCGCCAGAUGCGGCGACUCGUAGCAAUGCCGAAACGCAGUUGGCCCACGCGGCGGAGGUUGACUUCGCCCAGUACCUCGUCACCCUCGCCCAGGAACUGGCAAACGAAAACUCCGCCUCCCACAUCCGUACCGCCGCCGGUAUCGCUUUGAAGAACGCAUUCACUUUCAGAGACCUCGCAAAGCUCCAAGAGGUCCAAACAAAAUGGCUAAAGCAAAUUACCCCAGAAAUUAAGGCGCAGGUCAAGGAGCUUGGCCUCAAGACGCUUAACUCGAAAGACACCCGGGCCGGCCAGUCCGCCGCCCAGUUCAUCGUUUCCAUCGCCGCUAUUGAACUUCCACGGAAUGAGUGGCCGGAGCUGAUGAACAUCCUGGUUCAGAAUGUCGCGUCCGGUUCCGAUCAACUGAAGCAGGCCUCGCUGGUCACGAUCGGUUUCAUCUGCGAGUCCCAAGAUGCCGAGCUUCGGGAGAGCUUGGCUGCACACUCCAACGCUAUUUUGACCGCCGUGGUCCAGGGUGCUCGGCGCGAAGAGCAGAACAUGGACAUUCGAUUCGCCGCCAUCAAGGCUCUCAGUGACUCCGUUGACUUCGUGCGGUCGAACAUGGAGAACGAGGGUGAGCGCAACUACAUCAUGCAGGUCGUAUGUGAGGCAACGCAGGCCGAUGAUCUCCGCGUCCAGGCGGGCGCAUUCGGUUGCUUGAACCGCAUCAUGGGCGCGUACUACGAUAAGAUGCGCUUCUACAUGGAGAAGGCUUUGUUUGGCUUGAGUAUCAUGGGUAUGAAGAGCGAGGAGGAGGAUGUUUCCAAGCUUGCUAUCGAAUUCUGGUGCACAGUCUGUGAGGAGGAAUAUGCUAUUGAAGAUGAUAACGCGGCGGCACAAGCUGAGGGUCUCCCCGAGGUCCGCCCCUUCUUCAGUUUUGCCCGUGUCGCUUGUAGAGAAGUCGUCCCCGUCCUUCUGCAGUCCAUGUGCAGACAGGAUGAGGAUGCUACCGAGGAUGAGUACAACGUCUCUCGCGCCGCUUACCAGGCCCUGCAGCUCUACGCUCAGUGUGUUCAGGGUGAGGUCAUCCAGCCCGUUUUGACUUUCGUCGAAGAGAACAUCCGUCACCAGGAUUGGCGCCGUCGGGAUGCUGCUGUCGCGGCUUUCGGCGCCAUCAUGGAUGGUCCGGACCCCAAGGUCCUGGAGCCUCUUAUCAAGCAGGCCCUGAGCGUCCUUGUCGGUAUGAUGCAAGACGAUUCCAUUCAGGUCCGUGAUUCGGUCGCCUACGCUCUUGGCCGUGUCUGUGACUUCUGCUCCGAAACCCUCGACCCUGACGUGCAUCUCCAACCUUUGAUCACUUGCCUAUUCAACGGCUUGGCAAGCUCUCCUAAGAUUGCCAGCUCCUGCUGCUGGGCCUUGAUGAACGUUGCCGAUCGUUUUGCCGGCGACAUCGGUGCCCAGACCAACCCCCUGUCGAGGCACUUUGAGGAGAGUGUCAAAUCUCUUCUUGCUCUUACUGAAAGACAAGAUGCAGACAACCAGCUCCGUACUGCUGGAUACGAGGUUCUCAACUCCUUCGUCACCAACGCUGCCAAUGACAGCCUUCCCUUGGUCGGAAACCUCUCCAAUGUCAUGCUUCAGCGUCUGGAGCACACGAUCCCUAUGCAGCAGCAAGUGGUCAGUGUGGAAGACCGCAUCACUCUGGAAGAGAUGCAGACCAGUGUCACUAGCGUGGUUCUCGCCAUCGUUCAACGCCUUGAGACCGAGAUCAAGCCCCAGGCUGAUCGUAUCAUGCAGGUGAUGCUUCAGGUUCUGGCCACUGUUCCCCCCAAGUCUAGUGUCCCUGAUGUUGUGUUCGCCACUGUCGGUGCCAUUGCGGGUGCUCUGGAGGAGGACUUCAUGAAGUACAUGGAGAACUUCGCCCCCUUCCUGUACAAAGCCCUUGAGAACCAAGAGGAGCCGGGUCUUUGCGCUAUGGCCAUCGGCCUGGUCAGCGAUAUCUCGCGCGCCGUGAACGAGCGGGUGCAGCCUUACUGCGACUCCUUCAUGAACGCCCUGCUCACCAUUCUGAGGACCUCGACCAACCAGCUGAAGCCUGCUAUUCUCGAGACCUUUGGAGAUAUUGCCCAGGCGAUUGGAACCCACUUCGGAACCUACCUGUCCGUUGUCGCGUCAGUCCUCCAGCAGGCUUCGAUGGUGACCACCAGCAACGAUGUGAACUCGGACAUGCAAGAAUACAUUGUGUCGCUGCGUGAGGGUAUCAUGGAUGCUUGGGGUGGUAUUCUCCUGUCCUACAAGGGCACGCCUCAUGUGGACCAACUGCAUCCUUUCGUGGAUCAGAUCUUCCAGAUUCUGCACAGCAUCUCUCAGGAUUUCAACCGUAGCGAGGGUCUGAUGAGGGCCACUAUGGGUGUUCUUGGCGACCUUGCGGAUGCCUUCCCCAACGGUGAAUUCGCUGCCUACUUCCGCAACGACUGGGUCACCGGUCUGGUCCGGGAGACGAGAACGAACCGGGAGUACAGCCCUCGUACCGUCGACACCGCCCGGUGGACCCGUGAGCAGGUCAAGCGUCAGAUCGCCAUGUCCACUGCUGCUGCUAUGGCGUAA